AUGACGUUCGAGUGGCAUGCGACGCAAGAUGCGAUCGACGAGGAAGAAGACUGGGAAGCCGCCCAGAGCGGCAAGGAAGCGCUCCUCGUCCUCAUCGACGUGCGCAAGUCCAUGUUCCAGCGCGUCGAUGGCGAGCCCAUGAGCUGGUUCCAGACCUGCGGCGAGAUGCUCGUGAAGCUGCUUAAGAGCAAGAUCAUUGCGAACGACGGGUCGCUCAUGGGCGUCGCCUUCUUUGGCACGACGACGACGAAGAACGUGAAUGGGCUCGACCAUGUGUACGAGCUGCAGGAACUCGGGUUUCCAUCGGCCCGCCGCAUUAAGCAGCUUCGCGAUAUCGUCGACGAUGCGUUCGACUUUCAGGCUGCGUUUGGCUCCAUGGGCGAGAACGACCCCGUGUCGCUGAGCAACGCGCUGUGGCACGCCGGCAUUGCCUUCUCCAACGCCAACCUCCAGAAGAAGGACUCGCAGACGAUCUGGAUCCUCACGAACCAAGAAGACCCGACGAUGGGCGGCGCCGACGAGGCCGACCGCGUCCUCAAGCAGUACGCCAACCACGUCGAGCUCAAGCGCGCGAUCCACCUCUUCCACAUGCCGCCACCGGCAAAGUCGACGUUUGAUCUCUCGCGCUUUUACGGGCGCAUGUUCCAAGAUGCGUCGGCGUUCGCACUCACGGAAGACAGCAGCCUCCAGCCGGCGUAUGCGAUCCAUACAUACCAAGCCAUGAUGGAGGAGAGUCUGCGCAAGCGGUUUCGGAAGCGCCGGCUCACGACGCUCAGCUGGACGAUCGGGCCUGGCAUUGCGCUCGGCGUCGAGCUCUACGCGCUUCGUAUCAAGCAGACGAAGCCGUCGCCGUUGCACUUGGACGCAGAGACCAACACGCCGCUUAAGUCGGAGACCAAGUGGCUCUGCGACUCGACGGGCAUGUACCUCGCGCCCGACCAGAUGCGCAAGUACAUUGAGUACGGCAAGAGCCGCGUCUACUUUACAGCCGACGACGUGGUCGAGCUCAAGUACUUUGCCGCCGCCGGACUCCAACUGCUCGGUUUCGAGCCCGCAGACCACUUGAAGGACCACGAGAACGUCCGUGCGCCGUACUUUAUCUACCCCGCCGAGGGCUACAUUGAAGGCAGCACGGUGGCCUUCACCGCCCUGCACACAUCGAUGCUCACAAAGAACGUCAUGGCGAUCGCGCGGCUCAUCGCACGCAAGAAUACCCCGCCCCGCCUCGUCGCCCUCGUGCCCCAACUCGAGGCGUACGACGACCAAGGCCAAGUGCAACCGUCGGGCUUUCACGUCAUAUUUCUCCCGUACGUCGACGACGUGCGCCAGCUUCGUGUGGACGCCGACGGCCAGCGCGACCCCGACGCCGACCAAAUCGAGGCGGCCAAGAAGGUGAUCCAGACGCUCACGAUCUCCGAAUUGCCGUCCUUCCAGAACCCAGAGCUCCAGAAGCACUAUGCGAGCAUCCAAGCGUUGGCACUCGACGAAGACACGCUUGCGUUUGACGACAAGGACGACACGACGCUGCCGGACGCUGCCGGGUUUCAGCGUCCCAAAGUCGUGGCGGCGCUGACGGCCUUCCGCGACACGCUCGGUGGCGAUGAGCUCAAUAAAGACAACACCAAGCGCAAGGCGCCGGCAAGUACGAGCCGAGGCGGCGCUAAGGCGGUCAAGACGGAAACCGACCCGAGUGACGUGGCAGCGUGGAAGCAGCUCGCAGCGUCCGGUCUCGUGGCCAAGAAGACCGUCGCGGACCUCAAGGUCUUCUUGGAUGCGCAAGGGCUGAGUACAACGGGCAAGAAGGCCGACCUCGUCGAGCGUACGCUGACGUUCCUCGGCUAA